ACAAUAUAUUCAAUUUCAUCACUAUCUACUCAAAUUUUCAUUCCCUUUCCCUCUAUAAAUACCUAACACAACCGCCAUAUCUUGCCUUAUUGCAUUGUACCUUAAACCAUUACACAAUGCAAAUGUUCACAUCACUUCUUAAUUCUUGUUUAAAUUCUUCUCUCCCCUUCAUUAUAUUCCUCCUCUUUUUCUCUUCCUUUUCUCUUCUCCUUCAAUGGUGGAAACACCAUAGACAUAAAAACAAACAUUUACCCCCUGGUUCAAUGGGCUGGCCUUACUUUGGAGAGACCCUCAAACUCUACACACAAAAUCCAAAUUCAUUCUUCUCCACAAGGCAGAAAAGGUAUGGAGACAUAUUCAAGACACACAUACUAGGUUGUCCUUGUGUGAUGAUAUCUAGUCCUGAGGCAACAAGAACAGUGCUUGUGACUCAAGCACAUCUUUUUAAACCAACAUACCCUCCAAGCAAAGAGAAAAUGAUAGGACCAGAAGCUUUGUUCUUUCAACAAGGUGCUUAUCACUCCAUGCUCAAGAAAAUGGUUCAAGCCUCUUUUUUACCUUCCACAAUUAAAAACUCUGUCUCUCUUGUGGACCAAAUUGUACAAAAAAUGGUCCCAUCUUGGACUAACAGAACCAUCAACACAUUGGAAGAGAUGAAAAAGUAUGCUUUUGAAGUGGCUGCAAAUUCAGCUUUUGGUGAAAUAAAGGAAAUGGAAAUGGAAGAAAUAAGAGUGUUGUAUCAUUGCUUGGAGAAGGGCUACAAUUCUUAUCCUUUAAAUCUUCCCGGAACUUCGUAUUGGAAGGCAAUCAAGGCAAGGAAGGUUUUGAAUGAGAUUAUAAGGAAGAUAAUAGAAAGAAGGAAGGAGAGCAGGAACUAUGGAGGAGGGUUGUUGGGCAUUCUGUUGAGAGGAGGCAGAGGUGAUCAACAACAACUACAACAACUGACUGAUUCUCAGGUUGCUGACAAUCUCAUUGGUGUGAUAUUUGCUGCACAUGAUACCACAGCCAGUGUUCUAACAUGGGUUCUUAAGUACUUGCAUGACAAUGUCAAUCUCUUGGAAACUGUCAGAAAAGAACAUGAAGGAAUAAAAAACAAACUUGUUCGAGAAAACCGCGGUCUUUCAUGGGAGGAUACAAGGCAAAUGCCCUUCACUAACAUGGUAAUUCAAGAGACAUUAAGAAGUGCAAGUAUAUUAUCCUUCACAUUUAGAGAAGCAGUACAAGAUGUGGAACUUGAAGGCUACACAAUUCCAAAAGGUUGGAAAGUGCUUCCACUGUUUAGAUCCAUUCAUCAUUCACCUCAUUUCUUCCCUCAACCACACAAGUUUGACCCUUCAAGAUUCAAGAUUCCACCAAGACCAAACACAUAUAUGCCAUUUGGAAGUGGAGUCCACUCUUGUCCAGGUAGUGAGCUUGCUAAGCUUGAGGUUUUUGUUCUUCUUCAUCAUCUCACCCUUAAAUACAGGUGGGAAGUUGUGGGAAAUGGAGAUGGAAUUCAAUAUGGUCCUUUUCCUGUGCCAAAAAACGGAUUACCAAUAAAAAUAACUACUAUAAACAAGAGAUAGAUAUAUUUUCUCAUCGAAGUGGGGCUAGCCAAUUUGUAGCAUUUCAUUACAUUUCUUUUUCUUUUGUUCUUUUCUUGUAUAGAUUCUUUUCCCAUUUGUAGGCAUUAUGAGACAAAUUUAGUUCACAUUGGUCACACUAUGCAUGACCAUGUAUUUGUAAAAACAUUAAUGAAGAAAAAAAUGUAUAAAUGUUAAGUGACUUCUUUUUCCA